GAGAGAGAGAGAGACAGGGGGAGAGCGAGAGAGAGAGAGAGAGAGAGAGAGAGAGAGAGAAAGAGAGAGAGAGAGAGCGAGAGAGAGGGUGAGAGAGAGAGAGAGAGAGAAAGAGAGAGAGAGUGCAAGAAAGAGAGCGAGAGAGAGAGAGAGAGAGAGAGGAGAAGCAGCACGGACUCCGCCUAUACCGCCCAACAUCCUGCUCCAGUCCGACGACGGCGGAGGGACCACAAACCAGCCGAGUGAACCAGGGGCCCCCUCAGCUCGACUCAACUCCCGGCGUGAAAAAACGGAGAUGGGCUCCCCGUGAAUCCGGGCGGUGGAGGGGAGAGGAGGGCAGGCGGGGGGUGGGGGGGAACGACGACGAGACUGUGGUGGGAGAAACACCCAGAGAGAGAACAAACAAAAGCACAACCGGGGGUGCCUGCAACCAUGAGCGGCUUGCACUAUUCGCCAGGGCUGCGGCUGCCGCUGCCGCUGUGCCCGCGGACCAUGUCGUGAGGUGUGGCUCGGAAACGCUCCGGGGAACCUGUCAGCCGAAACGACACGCCGAGGAGGAGGAGGAGGAGGUGGGGUGGUGGUGGUGGAAAAGAUGUCCGCCUCGGUGGGGCCCCAGGGCGGCCCUCGCCCACCCACCGUGCCGCCAUCCAUGCCGGAUCUGCCGGACUUGAGCCACCUCACCGAGGAGGAGAGGAAGAUCAUCAUGGCAGUGAUGGCUCGGCAAAAGGAGGAAGAGGAGAAAGAACAAGCCAUGCUAAAAACACUGCACCAGCAGUUUGAGAGCUACAAACAGGAGGUGCGUCGCAUCGGGGCGGAGACACGACGUCAGCAGACCCAGCAGAAGGAUGACGCGCCCACCUGUGGUAUCUGCCGCAAGACCAAGUUUGCCGACGGCUGCGGUCACCUUUGCUCCUACUGCCAGACCAAAUUCUGUGCUCGCUGUGGAGGGCGGGUCUCUCUGCGCUCCAACAAUUGUCUCAUAGUGAAGGACAGGGUAAUGUGGGUAUGCAACCUGUGCCGUAAGCAGCAGGAGAUUCUCACCAAAUCAGGAGAAUGGUUUUCGGAGUCAGGGGUGCGGCCGGGGAGCCUGGGCACCUCCUUGAACGACCCAGCCACGGGAGGUGAGGCCCAACGGGACAGGAAGCUACUGCGCUCCAGGUCCCAAGCCCCGCCUUCCAGCACCAAGACCAGCGCAGGGCCGGACGGGACACAGCCGCCCACUGGUAUCACUGCUCCCAAGGGUGCUGACACCAUGCCUAGCUCUCGCUCCCAAAGUGAACCACCCAGAGAAAAGAAAAGGCCGGUUUCCCUCCAUGAACAAAAUGGUAAGGGAGGCAUGGGGCGUGGUAGUGGCAGGAGACCUGCUGGGAAGUUGCCGUCUCAGUCAUCCCUGGAUGAGCGGGUGGGCCCUGGGGACAGAGGAGAAAGACGGCUGGGUGAUGGACGGAGGCUGGAGAAGAUCCAUUCUCAGGACUACGAGGAUGGGGAGGACUUGGGUCGCGCAGAAACACACCGGAGACGGCCAGAGGAUGAGGAGCAGAGGGAGCGGCAGCGCCGUGAGGAGGAGUUCCAGAAUCGUUACCGUAGUGACCCCAACCUGGCCCGAUACCCAGUGAAACCACAAAAGGAGGAGCAGGAGAUGCGCAUGCACGCUAAGGUGUCCAAGGUACGCCACGAACGGCGACACAGUGAUCUGGCGAUCAAUGAGGUUGGACUGGGACCUGGUGAAGGAGGAGGUGGAGGAGGCAGCACAGGUGAGGUGCCUGAAAACCGUCUGGCCAGGAGGGGUGGAGGUGGGGAGGGAGACCGCAAGGCCAUCCUGGAGAACCACCGAGCCUACUCUGUGGAUAGGACCGUGGGGGUAGGAGGGGGGCCUCCGCCUUCUGGAGGUGGAUUGAGAUCAGGGCCCCAACCUGGGGGACCGGUGCCUCCAGACUGGGGUCCGAACAAGGGCCGCCUAGAACCUGGUACAACACGGACACCAAGGGACAAAGGUGGGGAUAACCUGCUGAGGAAGGACUCCCAGAGCUCGGACCAGUCGGAGUCUUUGCGGCCGCCCCCUCCACGGUCAUACAAGAGCAAGCGCGGAGUCAACAAGAGGCAGAUGUCCAUCAGCAGCUCAGAGGAGGAGGGCGGCUCCACGCCCGAGUACACCAGCUGUGAGGACGUGGACAUGGAAAGCGUCAGCGAGAAAGGUGACUGGGACUGUCAUCCUCUAGAUCCUGCAGUGUGGCAUCAUCCAGUUACAUGGCAGCCAUCAAAAGAAGGUGACCACCUGAUUGGACGCAUCACGCUAAGCAAGCGGUCGGCAAUGCCCCGUGAGGCUGGUUCCCUCCUCGGCCUAAAAGUGGUAGGAGGGAAGAUGACAGAGACAGGAAGACUUGGGGCCUUCAUCACCAAAGUCAAGAAAGGCAGCCUGGCAGAUGUUGUGGGACACCUACGAGCAGGUGACGAGGUGCUGCAGUGGAACGGGAAGUCGUUGCCAGGAGCAACCAAGAAAGAAGUGUACAACAUUAUCCUUGAAUCAAAGGCCGAACCCCAAGUGGAAAUAGUUGUUUCAAGACCUAUAGGAGACAUCCCAAGAAUCCCAGAGUCAUCCCACCCUCCUCUAGAAUCAACAGGCUCCAGCUCCUUUGAGUCACAAAAGAUGGACCGCCCCUCUAUAUCAGUGAUGUCCCCUACCAGCCCAGGCACCCUCCGAGACCUUCCUCUGGUUCUGCCUGGACGGCUUUCUGUGAAGCUGUGGUACGACAAAGUGGGCCAUCAGUUGAUCGUCAACGUCCUUCAAGCCAUAGACCUGCCAACCCGACCAGACGGACGACCUCGGAACCCCUAUGUCAAAAUGUACUUCCUGCCUGAUAGGAGUGAUAAGAGUAAACGGCGAACUAAAACAGUGAAGAAGAGCGCUGAGCCUAAGUGGAACCAGACCUUCAUAUAUUCCCACGUUCACCGGCGGGACUUCAGAGAACGCAUGCUAGAGAUCACAGUCUGGGACCAGCCCAGAGUGCAGGAGGAGGAGAGUGAAUUCCUGGGCGAGAUCCUGAUCGAGUUGGAGACGGCCUUGCUGGACGACAUUCCUCACUGGUAUAAACUGCAGACACAUGACGUGUCUUCUAUACCUCUGCCUCAGCCCUCUCCGUACCUCCCACGCAGACAUGUCCACGGAGACAGCCCCAGCAAGAAACUACAGAGGUCGCAUCGUAUCAUUGAUACAGAGUUUGAUGAUGGUUUGAUGGUAGUGACUAAAGGUGCAGAGCGUAACUCCAGGGAGAGAGAGCGUGGCAGUACGCUGGCUGUGCCUGAGCAGCAGCGGCCUGUCCAGCACCGCUCCCGCUCAGUGUCCCCUCACAGGGAAGACUCCUGCAGGGCCCGGUCACGGCCCGCACAUGUGCCCAUGCAAAGGAGCCUGGAUGAGAUCCACCAGAACCGCCACCACUCCCACUCCCCCUCCCGCUACCACGACUCCCACUUGGAGCACCAACGCUCUGGUGACUCGGACUACGAGUACUCUGAGGACAGUGAGGUCCUGGAGAUGCACAGGUCUAUCCGGGGCGGGAGUGCUGAGUGCCUGCACACAAACAGCUCCACCCUCCCCGCAUGCCUAAAGAGCAAGCCGCCCCACAGACAAGAGGGGGUUAGCACCAUGCCUCGUAGCAUCCUUACACACCGUGUGCUCAGGUUCACUGAUGAGGUCACGGUUAGUGACCUGCAGCCGUCGUUGGACAGAGUGAGGAGUGCCAGCACCACUUGUCUGAGACCAGACAACAACUUUCACUCCCCUGACAGAGACAGGUGCUCCAACUCUUUGCCUCGCAAGACUCCCCCAAGUCCCAGGAUCUUAGUAGAACAUGUGGCCCCUGAGGAAGACAGGCAGUGUAGCAAUUCAUCAAGUCCAAACUGUCACAGGGGCAGCAAAAAAAGCCUGGAGGGGGACAGUCGUAUCCAGCCCACCUCUAUCCUGAGGGGCAGUAGGGGGAGAGGGGGCCCACUGAGGCCUUUUGGCCAGACAGCCCUUGCUGGGUCCUGCCCAAACUCGCCACGGCUAGACAGAGCACACCCUCAUGGCAGCCCCUCUCCUCCAACGGGGACUCGCAGGGGCAGGCAGCUGCCGCAGCUCCCUGCCAAGAGCAGCAGCAUAGAGCAAGCCCUUGCAGUAGAGGAGCGAACCCGACAGCUGCCGAUGAAAGUACAUUCCUAUCGGCCUUCAGCCUCCCACGACCCUGAGACGGACCUCAAGACCAAACGGGAGAUGUUCCGAGAUCAGAGGCCAAGCAGUGACGUGUCAGCCAGAUCAUCAGACAGCGAUAUGAGCGAUGUGUCCGCCCUCUCCCGUGCCAGCAGUGCCUCCCGCCUCAGUAGCACCAGCUACAUGUCUAUCCAAUCAGAACGACCCGGGGGGCGACUCAGAUCCAAGUCAUUAGAGGAGGAGAAGAAAGACAGGAGGAUCUCAUGGGGGGUGAACGGGGAGGAGGAGAGGAGGAGGGCAGCGGGAAAGAGACGAUUCUCUGAGGAAUUGAAGCGCAGAAGACACACUGUAGCAGGAGACACAAGGGAGUCCAGUCGGCAGAUGCGAUCGUCGAUGGGCCGCAGCAUGCUGAAGAGCUCCAGCGUGAGCGGAGAGAUCUACACCCAGGAGCGCACCGACGGCAGCCAAUCAGACACGGCGCUGGGCAUGGUGGGUGGCGGCAGCAAGAAGAGACGCUCCAGCCUCAGUGCGCGGGUGGUGGCCAUCGUUGGCAACCGUCGCAGCCGCAGCACUUCACAGAUCAGCGGCCCUGAGGGGAAGAGUAAGAAGGAGAAGGGUGCACCCAUCCAGAGGAGCACAGAGACUGGGAUGGCAGUGGAGCUGACCAGGAACAUGAGCCGCCAGCCCAGCAGAGAGUCCAACAAUGGCAGCAUGAACAGCUACAACUCUGAGGGGAAUUUGAUCUUCUCUGGUGUGAAUCUGGGUGCCAGCAGUCAGUUCAGUGACUUCCUGGAUGGUUUGGGACCAGCUCAGUUAGUGGGCAGGCAAACACUGGCUACUCCUGCUAUCGGUGACAUCCAGAUUGGUAUGAUGGAGAAAAAGGGUCAGCUGGAGGUGGAAGUCAUCAGAGCUCGAGGACUCGUACAAAAGCCAGGAUCCAAAUCUCUCCCUGCUCCAUAUGUCAAGGUCUAUCUGCUGAAUAAUGGAGCAUACGUAGCCAAAAAGAAAACCAAGAUUGCACGGAAAACACUUGACCCACUGUACCAGCAAGCACUGCUAUUCGAGGAAAGCCCACAGGGUAAAGUCUUACAGGUGAUUGUUUGGGGAGACUACGGCCGCAUGGAUCACAAAAGCUUCAUGGGAGUUGCACAAAUCCUAUUGGAGGAACUGGACUUAUCAAGCACAGUCAUUGGUUGGUACAAGUUGUUCCCACCAUCCUCCUUGGUGGAUCCGACACUUGCCUCCCUAACUCGGCGAGCCUCCCAGUCGUCACUCGACAGCUCCUCCGGACCUCCGGGGGUUCGAUCCUAGUGGACCAACAGCUCUACACCGCUCGGCGAGUAACAAACUCAUGAAACAUACAGUAGAGUGAGAGAGAUUAAAAAAAAAAUAUAUAUAUAGCGGAAAUGUAGAACAACAACAAUCAGAAACAGUCACAAUGAGAAAGCUUUGUUGAGAUCUGACAAUCACUCCUGUUGCGGUUAAUUUUGUCUGUUGUAGAAAGUGCCACAUUUCAGUGUUUCAUAUCCAUUCAAUGAAAAAUCUUAUAGUUUUUCUCUGUGUAUGCUGAAGAAGCAGGGCUGUCGACAGACAACAAGCAGUAGCUCUUGAGACGGGAGAUGAAAAAGUGUCAGAGAAUCAAAAAUGAAGCAGGGUGGUUUUUAACCGAAUCAACAAUAGCAAAGAAAUGUAUGUAAGCAUCGGAAUGUAUGGACUCAAGACAGAGGUAAUCACCCUCCACACCUGCAGGUGGCUGCAGUGGCCUCCUCCAGAACCCCAACAGACUGCCGGCACGCCUGCCCCCGGGCAGGGUGCUCACACGUUGGAAUUCAGUCUGGAAGCACAGGGCCUUCUUCUGGUGCCUCGACCUUGGAGCCACAUCACUGGUCCCUCUCUCUGUCGAAAGAUCCUCUUUUCAAUAUGUUUACCAUGGCUGCUCUGAAGCCACACUGUUUUAGCGUGUUUGCUUUGUUGUUCAUUUCUUUCCCUUUGUUACUACUGGCACAAAAUGUUUUUACAGUGCGUAAAAUGCUCAUGAUAAUGUUGUCAGUCUGGUGUGUGCAUGGAGAGAAAAAAACAAAACACAAGAGAUAAAAAAAAAAGGAUAUAAAAACUAUUAAAUGUCUGCAAGUGUUAUGCAGGGGGGGUUGCUGGUGAUGAUAACACAGCUUAGAUUUUUACACUUGACAGUGCGAUUAGCGUGCAAAGUUGUUUUCCUUGUUCCACCUCUGGCAAAUGUCCAGGCCAGUCGUCUUUGUAUAGAUGUAUAUUAGGCCUCUCAAGAGGUUGACCAAUAAAUGAAAUUUAUGUCACUUUGAAAUAUCACAAGGGUACAACAUCACUGUAAAAAAAAAAUGAAAAGAGAAAUCUUUGUUCACCUUCGCAAGAGCAAGAUAGGACGGUCUAAUUUUUCACAUCUUUUGGGGAGUGCAGUCCCUCACCCCAGCACGUUUAAGGUUUUUAUCCAACCCUUAGUUUACAUUCUUUGAAAUUUAAACACAAGCACAAGAGCUUGAUUUUUUUACAACAAAAAGUCUAACUUUUUGAAAAAAACAUGUAGUUAAAAAAAGAAAAAAAGUAACAUUCCCGUCACUGGUUCGGUUCAUUUCUUUGUCUAGAUAUUAGGAAACGCACAAACAAACAGAAGAGAAGAAUCGCUCACAGUUUCCCUUGUGCAUCUCUGUGAAUGUCAAAAUAACCAAUCAGACUAAUCUGUCAGGACACCAAACACCAAUGCUCAUCCUCCGUUUGGCCCGCAAACUCCUCUCACCAGGAAAGAGUUGGGGCCAGCAUGACUUUGGAACCUGUUCCAAGCUGCAUGCAUAUUUUUGUAAAACGAAACAGAUACAGAAAAAAAGAUACUGAACUAGAUACGUGUGUUAGUUCCACAUACUGUAGGGCCACUUGUAUGUUGCAUGCAGUUGUACAGUUUGCUCGUACUUGAAUAUUAAAGAGAUAAAACCAAGAAACCGAAGCCAUUCCCAUUACGCAACGACAUUUGAACUCAACUGCAGUCUAUUCCACGUCCCUCAGUCCGGUGCUGAAUGUCUCUCAAACUAAAUCCCACAAUUACAUUGAUGUCUUUCCUCGACCCUCCGGAAGAUGUACUGUACUGUACAGUAGUACUGAGCAGACCUCACAGCCCCUCUUACUGUUGUUCCACAUCAUAGUAUACCUCCAAGGGGCUGAGAUGAUGUAUGAAUAAAUAUGUACAAAUCAGAUCUACUUAUAUGGAAAUAUGAAUUAUGUUUCAACAUAAUGAUUUCAGAUAUGCUAUCACAUGAACUGUUCAAUUAUAUAGAGAAUAAAUGCAGAUGCACAGAGAGUCAUACACUGUAAAUACUCAGCAGCCACUCACUGGGUUUUCAUUGGGUUGAGUGAUAAUUGCAAAGGGGCCAAGUUAUAUAAUGAGCAGUGAUUAAUACAUGAUUGGGGACCACAUGCAGUGGGACAACACGAGGCCAGGGUCAUAACCGGCUGAACUCAAACACACAGCCCCAAAAACGACAGGUCUGAACCACUGCUCCGAAAGUCAUUGUCUGAACACUUCUCUGUGCUUCUAAACCAGUGUCUGAAACCCGGCCACGAUCAGCCCCACUUCAGAAGAGUUGACUUUUCUUUUCAUUGUCCGGUGAAGCUGGGUUUUUUUUCCUUUUUUAUUUUUUCUUUCUUUAUUUUAUUUUUGUCAGUAUUAACAGGAAAAAAAAUGCUGAUUGUUUACAACUUCUGUGUUCCACUGAAACAAAAAGAAAAUUAGAAAAAAGUAAAUCAUUCACUGCAACAUUUCUUGUUUGUAUAACAGAUGUGGCUCAAAUGAUGUGUAUGUUUUAUAUUUAAAAAAAAAAGUUCAUUUUUAUUAUUUACAAAUAAAAAGAAUGUGUGGAAGAAAACUGA